UGGGCGCCCACAUGUAGCUUCUGGAAGAUUAUGUUCGAAUGUUCGAUAAUGAACAUUUGCACACUAUAUCGAAUAUGUUUUAAUUAUCAGUCUCUAACAACCAAAGAAUAUGCCGGAAUUUCCAGAGCUGAAUACAAGCAGUAGGUGAGGUGCCUUAGAGAGUGGCCAAGACAGCGUAGUUAAGUUGAGUUUCGUGCUCGGUGUGACAACAUCUGGGUAAAGAGAAGCGAAGAAAACUGUGUAAAAAAACAAUAGGCUGAUAAAACAGACGUAAUUUUCAAUUGAUAAAUAAAUUAUUGCAAUACAGAUUUCUAUAAGAAAAGUAUUGGAAAGAGCCGCGAAUUCGCCUUGGGUAUUCGCUGUGAUUUGUACUAAAACUAAAACAUUUGACAAAUCGAGGAAGCGAAUUCGGCGCUUAUAAAUGUAAAUAAACUAUAUCGCGGUCGAUAUAAACAUGUUUAUUGCGGUCGAUGUGAUUUGAUGUUAUGAUCCUUUUUUAUUUUGAAUGCUGAUGAAAGUAUUGUAUAGGAUAACAAAAUUAUCGCCGAACAAAAAUAUUUAAAACUAAUAUGGAAAUAUCAAAUCCAUGCUUUUCAGUGCUCUCAAACUAUGAAGUGAUGGAAUCCCUUAAGACACUUAAGGAUACAAAGAAAAAAUAUGGGCUGAGGAACUUAGCGACAAUUACAUAUGAGACAUUACAAUUUUUGGAAGACUCACCCUGCAAACAACAGUCACGUGAAACCAUUCAUGCUUUUUUAACUGAAGUAAAGGCCUUAAACUGUAAACUUACAACCACUGAAUGUUUAAUGAUGGUAAAUGAUCCUCCCACUAGUGCAUUACACAUUCAAUUGCUUAUCGAAGAUAGUGAAGAACGUUUAACGGAAGAUCAGGUGAAUGAACUUCUACAGAUUGUUGCAAAGCAUUUUCCUAAUGCUCCAUCAGAAAAUAAUUAA